CUGCACCCCACUACGAAAGUAACUGGAAAGAUAAAUAUAGUAAAGCACGAGAGUAUCUUCAUAUAAAACUCAAUAAUCCUGAAUUAGAAGAAGAAGUUAUCAAGACUUCAAAUAAAGUAAUUGUUGAAAAAACAACAACGAAGGUUACUAAAGAACACAAAGGAGCAGCAAUAGAAGUCAUCAAAUCAACUACUACACCUAAGGUCAUUAAGGAAGUUGUUUCAGUUCAAAAAGAAGAUGGCCAAAUUGAAUUGAGUGAAACUAUAUGCAAAGAAUUAAAUAUACCAUCUUCUAAAACCUUUGUAACCACAGUCCAAACCUAUACCAAAAAUGAAAAACUUAAAAAACCCGAAUCAGUUUCAUGGUGGACCACUGCCAUUAAUCUCAGCUAUCUCAAAAAUGCAGCAUCCCAGCACGAAGGCGAAUGGAGGGUGAAAUAUGACAAAGCUCGAGAAUAUCUCUCCGCUCAAAUUGGUGAUUCCGAGACAGAAAAAGAGUUAUUAGAAGCUACUGACAAAUAUGUAAUUGAUAAGGCAACACAUAAAGUUAUUGAGGAACAUAAACAGGAGAUAAAGGAAGUCAAGGCCAUUGAAACUGAAACGAAAAAAGCUAAAGUAGAAAAAACCGAAGGAAUUUUCAGUAGUAUUACUGGUGGAUUGACAAGUAUAUAUAAAUCAACUACUGAUACUGCUAAGGAUCUCGGAAAACAUAUUGAGGAAGCUCUUACCUUUGAUACCGAUGAACAAGAUCAUCAAGAAAAAGCAGCUGCACUAAUUGCAGUGCGAUCAAAAACCACACCCGAAAAAACCAAAUCUAUUAUUUCAACCCAAAAAGAUAACGGAUGCUUUGAAUUGAGUGAAAAUGUUAUCAAGGAAUUACAUGUCUCUACAGUCCCUAAAACCGAAGUUAUAACAACAGUACGAAAAUAUACCACCAAUGAGAAGUUAAAUAAACCCGAAUCAUCUACAUGGUGGUCAACAGCCCUGACUCUUUCAUAUCUCAAGAAUGCCGCUUCUCAACACGAAGGAGAAUGGAAAGAAAAAUAUGACAAAGCACAAAAAUAUCUUUCUGAACAAAUCGGUGAUGAGAAAACUAAGAAAGAAUUAUUAGACUGUACUGACAAAUACGUGGUAGAUAAUAUCACUAAGGAAGUUAUUGUGGAAAAAAAGAAAACCGCUGUUAUUGCAAUCCAAUCUGCUACAACACCUGAAACUAUUGAGACUGUCACAUCUACCCAAAAGAAAGAUG